UGAUUUGCUUUUUUUUUAACGGAUAUUGCAGUUUAGUAUUUGAUUUGUUUCGUAGAGUAACGGAUAUUCGGAUUUUUCGGUUCGAAUUAAAACGGAUAACGAAUCGAAUCAAAAUUUAUGAAUAAUUUGUCCAGGUCUAUUCGUAAACAGUAAAAAUAACGUAAAGAAGAACCAUGCAUGUGAGUUUAUAUUAAAAAAACGUAAAAUACAUAGUGUGAACAUAUUUAUGUAGAGUUUGGCUGUAAAGCUCUCUAUAUGUGACAUGUGUCUAUUUUAGUGUGAACAUAUUUAUUACAAUGCUUUUACACUUGACAUGUGUCCAGUUUAGCAUGAACACAUUUAUUACAAUGUUUUUUUCUUUAAUAUAUAAGGGAUAAGGGUUACUCUGAUACUCCACAACCUGAUUUUGGAUUGCUUACUCAUGAAUGAGGUUACCCGUCUUGGACUAAUGUAAAAUGUAAGUUUUGUUAAGCCAUAUUUUUGUUUCUAAAACUUAUCUCGAUGUCAAUAUCUUUUUAAUUCAUUUGGUUGUGUUUGUUUUUUAUUUGGUUUACUUUAGCAGCAGAUGGGUGCAUGAGAUAUUCCAGUAAGGUAGAACAUUUACAGUAAGGUGGACGCCAAUAAGAAAAUAAACUAAAAACUCCAAAUUCACAAGAUAUUUUAUCUGCAAAUAUUGCAAGUUUUUUUUCGUGUCUCAAAUUUAGAGAAGAGGUAACAACAACAUCGGAGACUACCCACUUUUUCAUUUUCAAAGCAACACAAACCAUUCUUUUUAGUCUCCAAUUUUUCUUGCAAUUUUUCUAAGAUUCAAAUGUAAGGACAAACCAAUUGGUGAACUUCAUUUACCAAUUUACAAAAGUGCAAACACAUUUAGACGCUUAAACCGACAUCGAUGUGAUCUGAUGGUACGGCGAAUUUGGAAAUGUUCUAACGACUCCGGCCGAUUCAAAACCUAUAACUCAGAUAAACUGCAUGUCAUGUGGGAACAUCGGUAUUCUACAUGGUUUGUCUCAUGUACUCUGGGAUUAGCAGGUUCACGGGCCCGAAAGAACUGAGUUAUCAGAAAAAAUUAGAUGCUUAAAUGUAGUAGGGAGACAGGCAUGAAGACUGACCAGAUCAUGAUAUCUCACGUCAAUCUAAACUGUGCUGUGAUUUAGAGUUUUAUUUUUUUGUUAAGUUUACCAUCUGGUGAUUUUAGAAGUGACUUGGGAAAGCAUGCUGAAAUGUUCAACAAAGUUUUCAAGAAUUCUUUGUUUAAUCAGUAUGUUAAUGUGUUAUUCUAAUAUUACAUGUUAUGAUUUUGGAUCUGAGAAAAUUAUGAGUUUCGUCCCGAACCUACUGAUAUUCAAAAAUAAAAGAAUAAAAUAAUAAUGUAUUAUUUUAGCAUUGAUGAGAGUAGAUAUACUUUUUUUUUUGAUAAUUUAGGGAUAUCCGAAUCCGAAAGUCCGACUGAUCUUCUGAAGACCGGUCACCAUAGACAGGAAGUCCGGUUUCUCUACGUAGGAGUUAGAUAUCCACACAACCUGACCACGCAGAUAGGUAAAUCUAAGUGGUAGUUUUUGAACCUGCUUAGCUCUUUUUUACCCUAACAUACAACCCAAUCACACUUGUGUGGUUUAGGUACACUAGUUCCAUGAUUUAGAAAGAUUAUGCAAUAAACAUCUCCAAAAAAUCCUUGGAUUUACCAGUAAAAAGAAAAAAGAAGAGAUAUAUGUACAAAAAAUUUCAAAUCUAUUGAAAUCAAGUAAAUCAAUAGAAAUUUUAAAAUGUAAAAUCUAAAAUUCUAAUGAACAAUUAGAGGUACAAAAAUUAUACUAUGAGCUCUGACUCAAUAAACAGUGGCAUUGUAAAAAAAAAAGUAAGACUAGUAAAAACAGUAACAAUUUUAACUCUACAAUGCUAACAUGCACAAACAAGUGUAAGCAUAUUAUUUUACAACCAACCAACAAAUAAUGAAGAUCUAAGUUACAAAAGAAGAAGAGGCAUAUCUAAGCUUAUCUUGAUGUGAUCUUAUGUUUUUUACUUGGAUUUCUCCUGGUAGAAAAUACAAAAUAUUGAUUUCAAAAUACAUCUAAUAGUGAUUAGGGUGUGCAUAAAGAUUGAAAAUUUUGUUGUGUUGUGUCUCAAUUUUACUUACUUGUUAUUUAUAGGACUGUAUCGACUCCUUGGGAUUCUUCGCAGGCUAUCUCCAAGAGAUUUCUCCAUGCUUAUCUCCAAAUCCAUCAAAACUAUGUGUCCCUCUGUAUGAAUCUUGCUGCUAAAGAAAGCUAACAUAAGCAGAAGCAGAGCUACUGAGACCGAUCUUCGUGGUUGUAAUGUUUUCAUUGGUGAUUCUUUUUUGAAUUUUUACAUCAAGACACUUUAUCACUUUUCAAUUACACUCAAGGCUACAAUGCACUUGCAAGACACUUUCUAAUGGGAGCUACAGACAUUAUAUACAUAUUUGCCCUUAAUGAGAAGAAAAUGAGAUCUUUUUUAGACAAGAGAAAAGAAAAAAUGUGUUUCUUUAUUAUUAUUUAGUCUACUUCUUAAUAUUUUGUUUUUGUUUAUUUUUAAACUAAAGAUACAUAUAACAAAUUUUGUUGAUGUAAUAAAUUAUAUUUUUUAUUCUCUAUAAUUUGUUAUUCUCUUUGAUAUAUUUUUUUUGUUAUAUUUUAAAAUUUAUACUUGUACACGUAUUCAAUGAUUGUGUUAUGGAUGAGUGAUAUGUGGAUGUUUGAAAAACGUGGAUGAUUACAUGUAGAAUAUAAGCAUGGAAGGACACAUGUGGAUGGCUGUGGGAAGAUAAGCAUGGACGGGCAAGCAUGGAUGGGUAAACAUAGACGGCUAUUUGUGGACGAGUAAAAUUAUGAUUAAAAUUUAAAAUUCAGCAUACUACAUAUCUGACGGUGGAGGACUGUGACGAGCUCGAACCACCGCAGCUUCACUGAGCUCAUCCACGACGAUGUUGAGUUCAGAAUCCAUGGUGUGGCUCACCGGGAAGAGGAGCUGACUCAUUUUGACCAGGGGUUUUGGAGGAAGGGCUGACUCAUUUUAACUUUUUGGUUUGUUUAGCUUUGUUUUCAUCACUCAAACUUGUUUUUUUCCUUGAACAUGUACAUGGUAAUUAUUGGUUUGAAGUUAUUAAUUUUUUCAUCCUUGAGAUUGUGGACACAUUGGCAUCCAUAUCAUAGCGUUUCAAUAUGUUACAUUUCUUUUUAUUAUCUAUGUUUAGUGUUUGAGUUACUACUCUAUCCACCACAUCAAGCUUCAAUUCCCUAUCCACAAAUUUAAGAGAUCUCUCUUGUUCUUUAUUUAUGGUUAUGUUAGCAACCAUAUACACAACAUAAUCAAAAUCUUCUCGUCCCAGUCCACAAAAACAUUGUUGUUGGAGUUGUGUCCUUAAGCUCAACUAUUGUGGAGCUUGCUCUGAUGAAGCUUUUGGAAUUUUUACACUAAUCUCCGUCCACGCAUCAUCCGUCCACGCAUCAUCCGUCCACGUAUCAUCCGUUCAUGCAUCGAAUGUCUAUUAAGGGUAAACUUGUCCACAUUUUAUUGCUGCCCCACAACAAAGUGUCUCAAAUGUAUGAAGUGGCUCUGAGUGUAAAAAAAGUCAAAAAGUGGCCUAGAGAGUAAUCAACUUGAAAUGUAUUUGUUCUUGUGACUUUUUGUCUUUUUGAGAUGUGAUCACAUGAACUCUCUUUUUAGAUGCUGAGACAAUAUUAAAUAUUUUAUCUUUAAUCAACUAAUUAGUGAGACACAUUCACUGAGGGUAGUUCUCAUAUUUACAAAAGCACAUGUACACGUUGUAUUAGCCAGGCCUAGGACUAAUAUUCGAGAUCCGAAUUCGAUUCGAGAUUCGAUUCGAAAAUCCGGUUAUCCAGAGGGACAAAAUCCGGAUCCGGAUAGUAAAAUGUUGGAUCCGUCAAACCUGGAUCCGGAUAUCUUAAUUUUUAGUCCGGAUAUCCGGAUCCGUAAGUUUUAUUAAUAACUAUUUCAAAAAUAGUAAUAUCUAUAUAUAAAAAUUGAUUUUAUUUAAUAUAUUUUCAUUUUUAUAAUAGUAUAUAUAAAUUUUAUGUAAUUUUUUUAAUAUUAUACAGAAAUAAUUAAAACAUUAUUUUUUAUUUUUAAAUUAUUUAUAAUAUUAUAUAUAUUAAUAUAAUUUUUUUAUUUAUUCUAAGGAUCCAAAUCCGGAUCCGAAUAUCCGCCAGAUAUUACAAUUUUUAGAAGGAUAUCUGACACCUGGAUAUCCGAGAACCUCAGAUCCGGAUAAGGAUAGUAAAAUUAUGGAUCCGCCAGAUAAGUAUCCGGAUCCGGAUACCUUAAAAUUGCCCGGAUAUCCGAUCCAUCCCAGGUCUAGUAUUAGCUAUAAUAAUAAUAAAUUAAUUGUGUUCCAAUGUAUUGCAGACCGGACCGGAUAAUGACUCGACAUUGUAGUUGGAUCAAUGAUCGAAUCGUCUAACCGAUUCAACCAUAUUUUUAAAUUGUAAUUUAAUUUUAAAUUAAGUAAUUAUAUAUAACUAUAGAAUUAUUUUUAUAACCUUUAUAUCAUUUUUAGUAUCUAAAAUGAUAUUAAAAUGAAAUAAAAACUUCAAAAAUAAUAUAAAAAUAUAAUGAAAACUAAUUUUUUAGAUAAAUAUUAAAACACUAUGGAAUUUUAAUGAAAUCUUUUUUAAUUAGCAAUUUAUAUAACUUGAAUUUUAGAAAACCGGAUUUAAAUAUCGUACCGAGUGAUCGGCUUUAGCAAGUUUGACUGAUUUUAACCGAGUUUGCCGGUUUAACCUAAAUAUUGGGUUUAGCAUAAUCUGAAACUGGUUAGAAGAGCGAGUCACGGUCCGGCCGGCCGGUCCAGUUUUCAAAACACCAGUUUUUUCUAGGACUAGUACAUCCAAUUUCAUGCGAGGAAGACCGUAAAUCUGAAGAUUGGGAUGAGUCUGAAAUUUCAAAGGGAGAUGCUCAAGGUCUGUUAGGUCAGAAAAUAAAUACUGAGGAAGGUAGUGACAUGGAGGAAAUUUUUAGCAUUUUAAUUAAAAAAAUUUAGGAUUUAGAUGGCAGUUUUCCUAAACUAAAAUGCGUGAUAAAGCUAAGGAUCGAGAUGUCGAAAGCAAGUGGUAAGAGCUUAGUCCGGGAACGCACCUAUGGUGUAGAUGCUGUCGGGUCAAGUGCUUCACGCUGAUCUAUUGAGACCAACAGCUUGGCAUGAUUUGUAAUCUCGGUUUUAGGUUUUGUCUCACGGGAUUAGUAAGCAUAUCAUUGAGGUCUAAUUUAGGUGUUGAAAGAGUCGAUACAUUCCGGAUUGUGGGGUGUGUCGUACUCAUUGGGUUUAAUGUACAAGGGGAAAUUGAUGGGUAGCGUUGAGUCCUUGGAAGUGUCUUAGGGUGAUACUAGAUCAUCUCCUUGUAUAAGUGGUUUAAUCUCUUAUGAGGUAUGGAUGGCGUAGUAUCAUGGCAGCGAAGCCUUUGCUCAUAUCGGGCCUACGGAAAACAAUCGGAAUGGGUCGGGAUACAAGGGUUUGGAGCGAGGCUUGGGUCCCAGAUUCAGUGGCUCGACCACCUAAACCUGCUGAACACAUUGUUUACAGACUACCUCAACUACUUGUUCAGUCCUUUAUUAGGAAUGAUACCAAGGAGUGGGAUAUCCAACUUUUGCGGGAAUUCUUUCACCCAGGAGAUAUCCCUUUGAUACUUGGCCUAAAACCUUCUCGUUCCUUUAAUCCAAAUGGAUAUGUUUGGAACCAUACAAAAUCAGGAGUGUAUACAGUUAAAUCUGGUUAUGACUUACUCCAAUCGAAGAAACUGAGUCUUUCACAAACAGAGGUCCGAGAACCGAGCAUCACGAGUCUUCAGAGCCAUGUGUGGAAGCUAAAGGCGCCAAGUAAGAUGAAGCAUUUCUUGUGGCAGGCUAUCUCUGGUUGUGUGGCGAUGGCAAAGAGGCUCACGUAUAGACACCUGGGCACCGAUAGGAGUUGUCCUAGAUGUGCAGCCCAGAGGAGUCCAUUAACCAUCUUCUUUUUGAAUGUCCUCCAGUCGUGCAGACUUUGGCUUUAUCGGACUAUCCGUCCCUUCCGGGUUACUUCCCAAGUAUAUCUAUAUACCAAAACAUGAAUUUUCUGUUUUGUAAGAGAAAAGAGGUGGCUCAAUUGAGACCACAAUUCGAUACCUUCCCAUAGAUCUGUUGGUACAUUUGGAAGGCGAGGAACGACAAACUCUUUAAUAGGAAAGUCGUCUCCCCGAUGGAUACUCUCCAACAUGUGUCUCUCGAGGCAGAGUGUUGGAGGAAGGCUAACGAAAAAGAGCAAGCUAACGAGGACCAUGAUGAUCCUCUCACUAUAGGGGUAGAGACCGUGCCUCCUAGGAUACCCCAAAUCCCUACCUGCCAAAUUGAUGAAUCAUGGAUUAAUAAUGGUUGUGUCAGUGGCUUAGGGUGGAGUCUUAAGGACCAAACAGGAGCUGAAAUGUUUGGACCACGAGCAUGCGUCAGGACCCUCUCCGCUCUACAUGCUGAGAUGGAAGGUUUACUUUGGGCAGCCUCAUGUAUCAGAGACAUGAGGAUUACUUCGAUAUGGUUUAAUACGGACUGCUCGGACCUUGUGGAGAUGACUACAAAUCCGGAGGAUUGGCCAACCUUCACAACGGAGAUCGAGUUGCUUCAGCAACUACAGAUUCACUACGAGGAUGUGAGUCUGACUCAUAUUCCUCGGAGUAUGAAUAGUCGGGCAGAUGCAUUGGCAAAGAAAGAUAAAUUCAGAAGCUAUAUCUUUUCCCAUAUAGAUUAGACCCAGACAGACGGAGAUGCUUCUCGGAGAAUCAGCUUGUCUAGCCACUACUUGAUCUAGUUCAUUGGGCAGCUGACCAAAAAAAAAAAAAUCUCUCAUGAGGUUCAACCUGUUAUGAUGUUCAACCUGUUGUAGCUUGUUAUUUGGUGAAUGUGAAAUGUAAGUUGAGCCAAAAAAAAAAAAAUGCCUGAUUAGAUCUGAAAACUGUGACAACGACGUCGCCUCUCUAGUCAAAGUCUAAACCUUCCCAAACUGCCACUAGCGGAGCUCCCAAUGCUGUGAUUGAUUUCUCUUCUUCACUCUAUUUUCAAACUUUUAAGUAAUCAACAAAUCACCAUCUAUCGUUUGAAGAGCUUUCAUUGAAACCUUAGCAAUCCGAUCACAAUGGUCUGGUUUCUCCGGUUCGCUUAUUGACCCUCUCAGUCCCUCAAAUCAUGGAGAUUCCACUCGCAUUUUAUCAAAGCUUAAGGUUAGACGAUAACAAGAGUCGUAGUCGAGACUCGUCUUAUUCCAAUUUCCCGCGGUUUUCUGGAUACGAUUUCUCGCUCCGCCGAAGAAGAUGGAAGAACCCAUUUGCGAGAAUCACUUGUUCUUCUCUAGUUCAAGGGCUGAAGCCGAAGCCGAAGCUUAAACCGGAACCAAUUCGAGAAAUCGAUCAAGGACCGAAAGAUCCGGUUUUGCAUGAUACCCGGAUCAGCAAAUCUGCUGUCGCGAUUUGUAGUCAGAUCGAAAAGUUGGUCUUGUGUAAUAGGUUAAGGGAAGCGUUUGAAUUGUUUGAGGUUUUGGAGAUUCGAGGGAGUGUUCGCAUUGGGAUUAGUACGUACGAUGCAUUGGUGGAAGCUUGUAUUCGUUUGAAAUCGAUUCGGUGUGUGAAAAGGGUUCACGGGUAUAUGCUGAGUAAUGGGUUUGAGCCGGAGCAAUUCAUGAUGAACCGAAUCUUGAUGAUGCAUGUGAAAUGUGGGAUGAUUAUAGACGCACGUAGGUUGUUCGACGAAAUGCCAGAGAGAAACUUGUUUUCUUACAACUCCAUUAUCUCUGGGCUUGUUAACUUCGGUAACUAUUUAGAAGCUUUUCAGCUGUUUAAGAUGAUGUGGGAAGAGCUUUCCGAUAGUGAAACUCAUACGUUUGCAGUGAUGCUACGUGCCUCGGCUGGGUUAGGUUCUAUUGAGGUGGGUAAACAGUUACACGUCUGUGCGUUGAAGUUAGGAGUCGUUGAUAACACGUUUGUCUCGUGUGGGUUGAUCGAUAUGUAUAGCAAGUGUGGGGAUGUUGGAGAUGCCCGAUGUGUUUUUGAUGAUAUUCCUGAGAAGACUACAGUUGCUUGGAAUAACAUUAUAGCAGGUUACGCGCUCCAUGGUUACAGCGAAGAAGCACUGCGUUUGUUGUAUGAUAUGCGUGACUCUAGCACGUCUCUUGAUCAGUUCACCCUUUCGAUAUUGAUAAGAAUCUCCACAAGGCUUGCCAAGGUUGAGCUUACUAAGCAAGCACAUGCUAGAUUGAUUCGUAGUGGUUUUGAGUCGGAGAUCGUCGCGAACACGGCGCUUGUAGAUUUUUAUAGCAAAUGGGGUAGAGUAGAUACGGCUAGAUAUGUGUUUGAUAAGUUGCCGAGGAAAAAUAUAAUCUCAUGGAACGCUUUGAUGGGUGGAUACGCGAAUCAUGGUCGAGGAGCAGAUGCGGUCAACUUGUUUGAGAAGAUGCUUGCUGCGAAAGUCGGUCCAAACCAUGUCACCUUCCUUGCGGUUCUAUCAGCUUGUGCUUACUCUGGUUUAUCUGAACGAGGGUGGGAGAUUUUUCUGUCGAUGAGUGAGGUUCACGGGAUCAAACCAAGGGCGAUGCACUAUGCCUGCAUGAUUGAGAUUUUGGGUAGAGACGGUUUAUUAGAUGAAGCCAUUGCUUUCAUCAGAAGAGCUCCUUUAAAACCGACGGUUAACAUGUGGGCAGCGCUCUUGAAUGCAUGUAGGAUGCAUGGAAACUUAGAGCUCGGUAGAGUGGUUGCUGAGAAACUCUAUGGAAUGGAACCUGAGAAGCUCGGUAACUACGUUGUGAUGUAUAAUGUGUACAACAGUAUGGGGAGAACUGCAGAAGCUGCAGGAGUUUUGGAUACGCUGGAGAGCAAAGGUUUGAGAAUGAUGCCGGCUUGUACUUGGGUCGAGGUUGGUGAUCAGACUCACAGUUUUAUUUCAGGAGACGAGUGUGAUUCUUACAAAGAGGCGGUGAAAAGGCAAAUAUACCACAAAGUUGAUGAACUAAUGAAAGAAAUUUCCGAGUAUGGGUAUUCGGUCGCGGAAGAUAAGAACCUUCUAUCGGACGUGGAUGUAAAUGAAGAACAAGGAGUAGUGAGAUAUCACGGCGAGAAACUUGCGAUAGCUUAUGGAUUGGUGAAUACGCCGGAAUGGAAUCCAUUGCAGUUAACUCAGAAUCAUAGGAUAUGCAAAGAGUGUCACAAGGUGGUCGAGUUCAUAUCUUUGAUUACAGGAAGAGAGAUUGUAGUGAGAGACGCGAGCAGGUUCCAUCAUUUCAAAGAAGGGAAGUGUUCUUGUGGAGGAUAUUGGUGAAUUCGUAAUGGUGCCUAGGAAGUAGAAGCAGAGCUCCAAGUGUCGAUGUUUCUUUUUUCUUUUGUUUCUUUGCGCUAAAGAUAGAAAUAGUGUGAUCGUGUAACUGUUUCUAUGCUUGUUUCUGAUUCUUUAUUUAAUAAAAGGUAAGAGCUUUGUUAUUACUGCUUAUAGCACAAAGGACUGAUGUAUAUUGAAACUUGAUUGUUGAGUUUGAGUGAUUAAUUACAGAUAAACACAAAGUGGAAAAAUUAA